AUGAGUCUUGAAGUAAAUAAUCGAUGUAUUGGAAUAAAUCCAAUAAAACUUAUCGAAGAAGCAUUAGAAGCAUAUAAAAAUAGGGAGACUGAAGCAUGUGUCAAAGAAACAAGUGAAAAUCUGAGAAUUGAAAACGCAGAACCUAUUCCAUUAGCAAAGCUAUCAUCUAGAGCAAAAUUAGGGGAAAUCUUAUGGAAUGAAAUGAAAGAUGGAAAGGAAAUAUCUGAUAGUCUUAUAGUUGAGUUAACAUAUGAAAAGAUAAAAACACUUCAGCCUUCAACAGGGUUUAUACUUGACGGUUUUCCAACUAAUUAUAAUCAAGCCAGACUACUUGAACAGAAGUUGACUGGAUACAAAUGCGAAAACAAUACGUCUUCAAAUAACUCAUCUGCAAGGUCCAAAUCAGAAAACAUACAACAGCUCAAAGGCUUGGAUAUUAUAGUUCUAUUAGACGUGUCAGAUGAAAUUAUUUUAAAGCGGUUAGCACAUACAACAUUGUCUAAGAUAGAAUUAAAUUCUUCUUCUGUGGUAAAGUAUCCAAUGACUCAUGAAGAAACAGAGAUGCAAUCAUCCUCUUUCGUGAACAAUGAAACUAAUAAUGAUGGUAAUAACGAUAAAAAUUUGGACAAUAAUCGAAGCGUAACAACACAUACGGACAGUUUUAACUACUCACUAACUUUACAAGAAACCCAAGGUAAUAUACUUGAAAGACUAAGUGAAUUUGUUCACUCAUGGCCUAAGUUAUAUAAAUUUUAUCAUGGAAAGUUAUCAAAUUUGUGUGUGGUGAAUCUAACUGAUUUAUUAUCAAAUUCAACAUGUGCUCAUGACGCUAUUGGAGAUAUCGAUGAUGAUACGAAAAAUGAAUCAUAUAAACUGGCUGUUUAUUUAGAAGUUGAAAGGCAAAUUGAAUUAUUUAUUGAAAGAAGAGAACAAGACACAGAUAAGGCAAAAUUAUCUGAACAAAUUAGACUAGAUGCGACUCCUACUAAUCUGGAUAAAUUUGAAGAGGCAGAGAGUAAACUUACAUUACUAUCAAGCGCUAUAACCGCAGCAAUGGACAAUGACAAGAAUAGUAAAAAACUAAGUGUGAGCAACGAUAAAGUUGAAGAUGAAAGUUUGAAAGUUACAAGAGAAAAUACUGGUUCAGCGCGACUUACUGAGCGUCCUACAACAGCCGAAAUUUCUUCCAGUGGCAAGAAUUCAAGAAAUUCAGAACACAGUGAUAGCAGUAAAAGAGAGAGGGGCACUGAAAACAAACGAAAAUCAGAUGGAAGCAGAUCAUCAUCUACUGGACAAAACUCGCAUCACACUGACAAUAAGGAAAGAAGAAUGAAUUCAAGCGAUCGCAAUAAACAAUCUGAAUCUACUAAUAAGGUGAAGUCAAGAAGUCGUUCUGGUAGUGAAAAGAGGCAGCCAAAGAAGACAAAAUUAAAGUCGCUUGCCUCACCACAAUUAGUUAAACCUCAAAAUGAAGAGUCAACUCCUCAACCAAAAUUGCCACAACCUGGGGAUGAAAACUAUCAGUUUGUUGACGUAAUGAUAAAGCAAGAGUCAGCGCAGAUAUUACUGAAAUUGUGGGAUAGCACGAAAACUGUUUACCACCAAAAUUUAAAACUGAUUUUUCGCCAUAUUCGUCUUCUUAACUCAGAUAUCAUACCACGUAUGUACAAUAUAAAACAACAGUUUUAUAACUAUUUGUACAGGCCCGAUUCAAAACAACAUUUUGUCAGUCAAUUUAUCAUUACAUUUAAUUCACUCUUGAUGGAAAUGCGAGCAGACAAAGAAACUAAAGCUGACUUGCAUUGUCGGACAGAUGAUUUACGUGACACACUCUAUGAAAUCAUAGACGAAUCAAAACAAGCAAAUGAAAACCGUUUGGAGAUUUUACUUGAUGUACCUGGUUGGUUUACCCAUAAACAAAGAUUAAUGAUCAAUUUAUAUCUCUCCCUAUUCCAAGUCGAAUUAGCUCAAUUCCAAGAGCAUGCACAACUGAUAAAAGAUUAUUACAAUGCGAUGGAGGCUAAACCUCAAACAGUUGAAGGUGAACCGAUUCAAGUUUUGUCUGGAACAGUUGAUGCAAGUCGCAUAGAGUACACAAGAAUACCGCUUCUGAAGCUUCCUGAUGAUACUACAGAUACUGGUGACAUUUCUGAUCCUCGAAAAAGUGGAUCAACAAGACAGAAUUCAUCAAGAUCCAGUUCGAAUAGGGGAAACAAGGCAAAGCCAACAGACUCAGGAAAUAAUUUCUUAUCAAGAUAUCCAACUCCAAUUGACUCAAAGUUAGAAACCUUACCUAUGGAAUUUCGUAGUCAAAUUAAUCUACUGAAUUAUAAUUCAUCAUUACAAGAAGUUUUUGCAGCAUUUAGCAAAAGUGGAUUCGCUUUAACAAAUCAGAGUACUUUAACCCAAAAAACCAAAAAGGCACUAAACCAUCUGGUCCAGGGUCCACUUACUUUGACUGUUGACUAUAGAUAUAUAAUUGGAUUUACAGCUUAUAAUUAA